AUGAUUGUGCAAGCCAAUGCCAACUCCAACCAAACUCCACCACCUUGUUUCCUGCACCCAUCAAUAAUAAACCGGAGGAGGUCAACGUCGAGGUUUAAUGUUCCUACUGAUACGAAGAAUACUCGAGGAAGCGAGCUCCAGAGAAGAAACCCCAGCCCCAGCCCCAGCAACCUCAAAAUCCUCGCCUCGGGGACCACUUUCCUCGAGUUGGACAAAUAUGCUCUUAGCUUUUGGUCGCAGGAGCAUGAACAGUGGAGCGCGGAAGCUGGGAAGCUGGGAAGUGCAAGGUCAUUUUCUCGAAGAGUGUGGAUCCUAAGGAUGAGACUAUGGAGAAAAAGUUUGAAUUACUGGGGUCAUCGCGCAGUGAUAGACCUUGACAUCCCCUGGGUGCCGUUGCGCAUUGGCCUCGAUGAGAACGAACAAGCGGACAAGUGCACUAGUGGCGACGGUGCGGGAAGUGGAAGACGAAGGGGUAGCAGAGGAAGUCGAAUUGAGUUGAAUAAAAAGAUGGAAGGUACCCAGAUUUAG